AUGAAGCUCCUUCUUCAUCUCUCUAUCCUUUUUAUCUCUCUCGCAUCUUCUUACAGCUGCACCUCAAAUGACAAAAAUGCCCUCCUCCAAAUCAAGAAAUCCCUUAACAACCCUCCUCUCCUCUCCUCCUGGAAUCCCCGAACCGACUGUUGUACCAGCUGGACCGGCGUCGAAUGCACUAACCGCCGCGUCACCUCCCUCACAAUCUCCUCCGGCAAACUCUCCGGCCAGAUCCCGAACCAGAUCGGUGACCUCCUUUACCUCCGUACACUCGAUUUCAGUUACCUGACUCAUCUCACCGGAAACAUCCCACGCACCAUCACCAAGCUCAAGAACCUCGAAAUCCUCCGGUUAAAGCAAACCAAUCUCUCCGGUCCGAUUCCUGAUUUCAUCAGCGAGCUUAAGAGCGUUACGUUCUUGGACCUCUCCUUUAACCAGUUUACCGGUCCAAUUCCCGGUUCACUUUCUCAGAUGCCGAAGCUUGAAGCCAUUCAGAUCAACGAUAACAAGCUAUCCGGUUCUGUACCCAACUCUUUCGGUUCUUUUGUAGGCAACGUCCCAAAUCUCUACCUGUUCAACAAUAGGCUCUCAGGGAGAAUACCGGAAUCGUUGUCAAAGUACGACUUCAAUGCAGUGGAUCUGUCGGGAAACGGUUUCAUCGGAGAUGGUUCGAUGUUCUUCGGGCGGAACAAAACAACAAUACGAGUGGAUCUGUCGAGAAACAUAUUUCAGUUCGAUCUCUCCAAGGUGAAGUUCGCUAGGAGCAUAGUGUCGUUGGAUCUGAGCCAAAACCGAAUCUUUGGGAAGUUUCCAAGGGAGCUGCGUAAGCUUCGCCUCGAGCAUUUCAACGUUAGUUACAACAGUCUCUGCGGCAAAAUCCCACGUGGUGGUCUCCUUCAGACAUUUGAACCAACCGCCUUCUCUCACAACCUCUGCCUUUGUGGGACCCCGCUUAAGGCUUGCUAG